AUGAUGGAGGAGAACCCCAAAGCACUGGAGAGCGUUCCUAUCUUCAUAACCGGUUGGUGGGCUUCAUUGGAAAGGAAGAAACGUAUAAAGCUCAUCGCUUUUGUAAUACUUUACAUCUUCAUGUUUGUGAGCGUGUGCGUUAUGGUUACAGAUGAUUCCAUAUUAGUUCACAAAAUGCGACUGAGGGCAUUGCAAGCGCCAGGAUUGUCUUUGCAACAAGUGCGAUUCGAUCUAGCGCUGAUUAAACGAAUCGGGUUUCACUCAGAUCACAACAAAGGAUUUGAAUACCAGUUACCAAAGGAAAUCCGCUUGGAAACCAGCAAAGCCUACUCCACAAAUAGUGUGGAAACGUUUGUUCGAAAUCACAUCAAUACAGCCAUUAAUGUGUGGCAAACUUGCGUCCGUCGGUCACAUCGCGCCAGGUCAUUUCGCGCCAUCACCCACAUCAUUCUGAUUAUGGGUCUGCUGGCCAUCCGCUCAGCUCCCGCUCUAUUCAUCCUCAACCGCAUCUGGAUGAUCCGCGCAGUUAGU